UACUCUUUUCUCAUUUUCAUUCAUUCAAUUUUCAUCAAAGCUCUUUCAUUUCUGUGUCUCAUCAAUUUUAACAUCUCUCUGAACUUUACUCUGUUUUUGUUUGUUUUUCGCAACUCACCAUGGCGCGUACCAAGCAGACUGCCCGUAAAUCAACUGGUGGUAAAGCUCCUCGUAAACAAUUGGCUACCAAAGCAGCUCGUAAAAGCGCUCCGUCAACAGGUGGUGUUAAAAAGCCUCAUCGGUAUCGCCCAGGUACAGUAGCUUUACGAGAGAUUCGUCGUUACCAAAAGUCAACUGAGCUGUUGAUCCGAAAAUUACCAUUCCAACGGUUAGUUCGUGAGAUUGCUCAAGAUUUCAAAACUGAUUUGCGUUUCCAAUCUGCGGCCAUUGGAGCACUUCAAGAAGCCUCGGAAGCUUAUUUGGUUGGUCUAUUUGAAGACACAAAUCUUUGUGCUAUUCACGCCAAAAGAGUCACUAUUAUGCCGAAAGAUAUUCAGUUGGCUAGAAGAAUCCGAGGAGAACGAGCUUAAUUGAGCUCCACUUUUUUCGGUGGAUUCAUCACCAUCAUACAAAAUCUAUCUCUCUCAUUUAUCUCUCUCUCAUUAAUAUCUCUCUUUCUCAUUUAUCUCUCAUUUACCUCUCUCAUUUAUCUCUCUUUGUCUCUCUUUCUUCCUCUCUUUCUAUUGCCUAAUUUCUCAAUUAAUCUUAGAUGACUGAAUAAAUAAUAAGUUUAAAGCUUAA